UCUCAUGUCGGUCGGCAUCAGCGGUUUGCUGUUGUAAUAUUUGCAUGAUUUUUUGCAAUUACGAUUGUAUUGUGAAUUUGCGCUAAAGUUUCAGAAAUUCAUGUGGAAAGUAGAAGAUUAGAUCAAUAAUGGCACCAACAACAAUGCUUCCAAAGCUAUCGGAUGCCACUCAAACUAUAUCGUUCUCCGACGGAGAUGGUGUAUGCAGUGCGGAGGUGUACUCCACGAACGUGAUGGUGAACACCAACGCCGGCAACCAUGACCACGGCAGCUCCAAGGUUAAGCUGAAAAACCUGGUGGAUUACAACUGGGAGCCCAAAUUUUAUGCGGGCCAGCUGCUGGCUAUACAUACCAAUGGGAAAUACCUCGCGUAUUCUAUUAAAGCUCCGAACGCCGUGAACCCUGGCACAUGGAGUGGUAUGGUACGCGUGGUGUACAACCCAGAGCCCGGGACUGACCGGCGAGCUCUCAUCAAGGGGAUGAAGGGGGAGGUGCAAGACUUGGCGUUUGCCCACAUCCAAAGCCAGGUGGUGCUAGCCUGUAUUGACGAGCAGGGCAACUUCUAUGUGCAUGAGAUUGAAGUCACUGACAGCGGACUCAGAUGCACGCUCCUAGCGGAGGUCCGCGAAGACACAGGCGCUAUGGGGUCUUCCCACCGCGUGGUGUGGUGUCCUUAUAUACCGGAUGAUGAUGAUGAAGCCACUGACGACGAUGUCGCUCGACUGCUGCUCACCACACAUGAUAAUAUUGCCCGCAUGUGGAACACUCGCGCCCUACAAGCGGCGGGCGCGGGGUCGGGCGGCGCGGUGGGAGCCGCGGGGGGCGGAGCCCUAUGUGCCGCGGAGCACGUGGGCGCCAUCCUAGACGCCGCCUUCUCGCCCGACGGCAGCGCCCUCGCUACAGCCUCCGCUGAUGGAUAUGUUAUGUUCUUCCAGGUAUAUAUGCACGCGGACUCCAGCCCGCGCUGCCUGCACAAGUGGCAGCCUCACGGCGGGAAGCCGCUCAGCUGUCUCUUCUUCCUCGACAACCACAAGAACUAUAAUACUGACGUCCAAUUCUGGAAAUUCGCCGUAACCGGAGCUGAAAACAACACAACCAUUAAAAUCUGGUCCUGCAAGUCCUGGACCUGUCUUCAAACCAUCAACUUCACCCCCGGAGUGGGUACGGAGAUGACCCUCGGCCUGAAGGCCAUGCUGGACACCAGUGCCAGCUACCUGCUGCUGUCAGACUUCAAAUCCAGGAGUUUGUAUGUACUGAACAUGGCGAGGGACCCUGAAGACAGUAUGGCAUAUUGUAAGAGCAUAUCUGAGUUCCUGCUGCCUUAUCCGGUGUUGAGUUUCUGUAUUGUUGAUGCGGAGGAGCAACAAACUAAAUGCGAGCCGAGCUGCGACGAGCCGUUAUACCGCAACGGCUCGGGCGGCGACGCCGACUCGCCCAUACACUAUGAAUUACAUCAUGAUGACUCAGGGUCGGGCGGGUCCCGCAGCGAGGAGUGGCGGCGCGUGGUGGUGCGGCUGUACAUCGUGCAGCCCAAGGGCCUGCAGGAGGGCCGCCUCGUCUACGAGCCGCCGCGACCGCCCCUGCAUGCCGAGCUGCUGCACGGUCUAUCAGAACUGGCACUAGAAGACAGUUCAGUGGAGUCAGCUCCCGCCACCAUAGCGUCCAGUAUUCUUCAACAGCAGAGCCAGCAGCUCAAGAACUUGCUCAUGCGCUCGCAGGUACCCGAUGCUACGCAGCCAGGCAGCUUAAUCGGUACCCGACCUGAAUCUCCGUCCAUCGCGCCGCAACUGAAUCUUAUGACCCCAGAUGCUUUCAGCUCUCCAGGUAAAAGAGAGGAAGAUGAUCCGCCACUGUCUGCCACGCCGGAUGUUAGCAGCAAACCCAGGAACUCUACUGGAGGACCAUUGGUUGAAGAAACCUUGGGCGAGACAGCCAGCAAACUAGCAUCAGCCGGGUCCAGCCCCAGCCGCGAGGUGCAGCAGAUCAUGUCACACAGUGACCAUGCUUUCUUCAAGGAGGAGGCAGAAGAAGUGACAGUGGCGACGGAAACUCUCUCAACAACAGAGACGUUGUUCGAGGCGGACGUGUUCGCGCCGCCCGAGGCCGCCCCGCUGCCGCCCCACCCGCCCCACCCGCCGCAUCCCCACAAGCUGGCUAGCACGAAUAGCGACACAUGGCCCUCAAUCUCGGUCCCUCAAGUAUCAGAACCAGUCCCUACACAGCAGCUGAGCCAAUCCCUCGGCACGUUAGCCUGCGCCGGCGCAGACGACACCCGCGCCGCCGGCCUGUCGCCCGCCGACCGGACUAGACUUGAUGCUUUGGAGCAUAAGCUUGAUAAGUUGACUGAAAUGAUGUCGGCACAAACCCGCGAGCUGCGCAGCUUGCGCGGCGCGGUGGCGUCGCCGCGCGACAUGAUCGACGAGGCGCUACAUGCGCACGCGCAGCGCACUGCCCGGGCCGUCGAGAGUGCGCUCGCUGAUGGCUGGGAGCGUAUAUCCCGUGUAGGCGAGGCAGCUAGUGCCCGCGCAGCCCAAGCAGCCGGCGUCGGCGCCGCUAGAGCAUUGGAACCCCUAGCCGCUGCUCUACAGCAUGAAUUAGCUAACAAGAUGGCCGCCACCGACCAGCUGCUGAGAGAGAAUAUUGACAAGCUCGCCACUAGCAAGACGGUAAUGGAGCGGCUAAGCACGUCGAUAGCGAAGUCGCUGUCGGACAUGGUGCGCGAGUCGUUCCGCGAGGCGCUGUUCGACAGCGUGGUGCCCGUCAUGGAGAAGACGCACGCGCAGAUCUUCAAGCAGAUCAACCAGGCUUUCCAGAACGGGACCAAGGAGUUCGCAGCGAACACCGAGGCGGCGGCCCGCGCAGCGGCCGAGCGCGGCGGGGCGGCCGCCAGCGCCAGCCUGCGCGCCGCGCUCGAGCGCCACGCCGACGCGCUGGCCGCCGCGCACGGCGCCGCGCACCACCAGCACCUCGCCGACGUCAUCCGGGACACUGCGCACAGCGUCCUGGAGAAGGAGUUGUGCUGGUGGCGCGAGCAGGCGCGGUCGGCGGCGCUGGCGUCGCGGGCCCACUCGCCCUCCACGCCGCACUCGCACCAUGCCGCCGACAGACAGAUGCAAGUAGCCCAGAUCCAAUCUCUAAUCGCGAGUGGUGACGUGAACGGAGCAUUCCAACAGGCGCUCUCAGCAUCAGACCUGGCGCUGGUCAUGUGUGCCUGCAGGGCUGCUGAACCCUCGCACGUGUUCGGGCCUCCUUGCAAGCUGAAGCAGCAUGUCUUGUUGUCUCUGGUACAGCAGCUAGCCGCCGAUAUGGGUAGAGAUACGCCUCUUAAACAUAGAUACCUAGAAGAAGCCGUAAUGAACUUAGACACCACCAACCCAGUAACACGGGAGCACCUUCCCGCAGUGGUGCGAGAGCUACAGAAGCAGUUAAUGGCCUUCCUCUCCGCGACGCCCAACCAUGCGCUCGCGAGGCAGCUGCGCAUGCUGCUCAUGGCGACUGAGGCACUGGUCAAGGCGGCCGCCUGACCUUCCUGUGUCUGCUCGAGGCGCCUGCCUUACUAACCACUAGACUCUACUGGACGAGACUGUGAACUAUGAAAACUGGACUGUGUGUAUUGAUUUCUGACACGCGAAUAUUAGACAUUUAAAUAAAACUAUUUUUACGGAUUUUAUCGCUGUUAUAUUUCAUAUUUAAAGGAUCCGAAAUGUCGGCAUUAAAUAAUGUUAAUAUAACCGCGAUAAAAUCCGUAAAAUUAGUUUUAUUUGAAUGGACUGUGUGUAUCAAGUGAUGGUGUAAUUAGUGUAUCACAAUUUAGUGACACAGUAAACAGUGUAGUUUGGUGCGAAAGUGUGGUGUAAAUUGCUUGACUGUGGUUUAAAGUGUAAAACUGUUAAUUAAAUUAGAAGUUUAUAAAUGACGAGCGGCUGUACUAAUGUGUUAAUGAGCACAGGUGUAGGAUAAGUUAGCCAGCAUAACAGUAAAAAAGUUGCAAUCUCAUUUUGCCCUUCUUUGAAAUCCUUAUAUAUGUUAUGACAACAGAAAUUACUCGUAGAGGUUUUAAAUAGCUUAUGAUAAUGAUUGAAAACCCAGUGAAAUACACAAAUUUUUAAAUACAACUAAUUCUCAUCAGAUAUUUAAAUUAUUCAAGUACCUAAUAAAAAUGCAACAGCGUCAGUUUAUCAUCA